AUGUCAUCGUCAGAAACGAGGUCACCGUUGUCAUUACUGUUUCGAAGACGGUCGAGUGGAGAUGUCACUAAGAAUUUAGCCUCAGUUUCAAGCAGCCUUUUACCAGCUUUUGGAAUUGAUGUUGAUGAUGGUUACUUGCACCUGAAGAAAUAUGUUAUUGCUCCUUAUGAUAGAAGAUACCGGUGGUGGCAAACGUUCCUUGUGGUGUUGGUGGUGUACUCAGCAUGGGCAUCUCCUUUUGAGCUUGCAUUUAAGAAAGCGGCUACCGGAGGAUUUCUGCCCGUCGAUUUGGUGGUUGAUGCCUUCUUUGCCGCCGAUAUUGUCCUAACUUUCUUUGUUGCUUAUUUGGACAAUACAACCUUUCUUCUUGUGGAUGAUCACAAGAAAAUUGCACUACGGUAUAUCGCUAGGUUAUUGUUCCCUAUGGACGCAGCCUCGACUCUGCCAUUCCACAUCAUACACAGAAUCUUUACUGGCAAAAUGCACGAAGGAAAGGUCUUCGGUUUUCUCAAUCUGUUUCGGCUUUAACGACUCAGGCGUGUCGGUGAACUCUUCAAAAGGCUGGAGAAAAACACACGCUUCAGCUAUUUCUGGACAAGAUUAUUUAAACUUACCAGUGUUACACUAUUUGUGGUUCACUCGGCAGGAUGUAUCUACUACUGGAUUGCUGUCCAUCAUGACACAGAAGGUAAUACUUGGAUUGGAAAGCACGUUGAAGAUUUCGAACAAAGAAGCAUCUGGUUGGGCUACACGUAUUCCAUUUAUUGGUCCAUUGUUACCCUAACCACUGUCGGCUACGGAGACUUGCAUGCAGAAAACACGGGAGAGAAGGUUUUUAACAUGUUUUACAUGCUAUUCAACAUUGGCCUCACAACUUAUAUAAUCGGAAACAUGACGAACCUUGUUGUCCGUUCCGCAGUUCAUACUUCUGCUAUGAGGAAUGCCAUCGAUCAGAUAUUAAGAUAUGCAAGCAAGAAUAGACUCCCAGAAGGAUUGAGAAAGCAAAUGCUAGCACACAUGCAACUCAAGUUCAAGACAGCAGAGUUGCAGCAAGAGGAGGUGUUGGAGAACUUACCAAAAGCAAUCAGAUCUAGCAUUGCUCAACAUCUUUUCCAUAGCAUCGUUGCAAAAACCUACCUUUUCAAAGGAGUAUCUGCAGACCUUAUUACCCAGUUGGUAUCAGAAAUGAAAGCAGAAUAUUUUCCUCCUAAGGUUGAAAUUAUUUUACAAAACGAGAUUCCGACAGAGUUUUACGUCUUAGUAACUGGAGCAGUGGACGUGCUGGUGUCCAGGAAUGGAACAGAGCAGGUUUUGUCAAAACUAGUAUCUUCAGACAUGGCAGGGGAAAUUGGGGUUGUAUUCAACAUCCCACAGCCUUUUACAGUGAGGACCAGGAGGCUUUCCCAGGUCAUCCGGCUCAGUCAUCAUCAUCUCAAGCAAAUGGCGCAGCCCCAUAGCGAAGAUGGAAAAAAAAUUAUCUCCAACUUCAUCCAGUACCUAAAGGAUUUGAAACGAGAGAUGCAAGAAGAAAUACCCUUUCUCAGGGAAUUGCUGGAAGACACAGCUGUGGAGAAAGCAACAUCAAAUGAGGGGUUACAAAGUUCUGAGGCACUAAAUUCUCAAAGAGAAACAAGUGUAGAAGGAAUACAAGAAAAUUCUACUCCAUUGCCAAGCACAUUUCCCAAAAGAGUGAUAAUCCAUGGGCAUCAUCCAAACGAAACAACAGGAGAUACAAUGGGGAAACUCAUAAAUUUUCCUGACUCAACAGAAAAUCUAUUCGACAUAGCAGAAAAGAAGUUUGGCAAGCAUGGAAACAAAAUUCUUAUGGAGGAUGGCUCAGAAGUAGAAGAAUUGGAUGCUUUAAGGGAGAAUGAUCACUUGUUUAUUUUUUAAUGUUAAGAGCAUAAAACCAAUACCCCGUCAUCAGCCUACAUGUUCAGCGCCUUUUGAGUUUCAAUUUUGUAAACAACAUGGUAAAAGUU